CUGUACCAGGUUCUACCACAGACAGAAUGAGAAAUCCAACUUUGCUGUUGCCCGUCAUGAACGACACAGGCUCUGCAAUGCGUCCAUGGAUGCAUCACGUCAACUCUAAUGAGCACGCAGUCUCCGCUGCUAUGCCACAACAUCUCCUCCUCGCAUACCUCGUCACCCUUAUUCUCCUCCUUCCCAAGCUGGUCUCGACCUACAACAACCGUCUGACCACGGUCAAGGCCCGGUCCGCACCAGACACCUCGACCAUCCCGCAUGUGUCCUCGACGAUACCCUUCAUCGGCCAUGCCCUCGAGCUGAAGCGCAACGGCGGCCACUACGUGCGAGACCUCAUCCUCCGGAACCCCCAGCACCCGCUCUUCACCAUCGACCUGCUCUCCAAGAAGCUUGUGGUUGUGAACCCGUCGCUGGACCGCGCCCUGGCCAAGCACUCGCGCGAGACGAGCCUCAUCCAGGUGGUGACACUCGUGGCCGCCCGCUCCCUGGGGCUCAGCGACGAGGGCAUCCGCGUCUUCGCCGAGUACGACCCGCGGCCGCUUCACAACCAGGCCAUUGGCAGCACGCAGAGCCACGACGAGCUGCUGCAGUCGGCCACGGACUAUAUCCACCGCCGCCUCGGGGAGCAGCCGGCGGCGCAGGAGGUGCAGCUCGGGCGAUGGAUCUUCGACACGGUGCUGGGGGCGACGGCGUGCUCCUUCUGGGGACCCGAGAACCCCUGGAACACGGACCGCGAGUUCAUGGACAGCUUCAUCACGCUGAGCGACGGCUUCGAGGACCUGGUCCGCCCCAUGGCGUGGCUCACGGCCAGGCCCGUCUACGAGGCGCGCGAGCUCCUCGUCGACCGACUCAUGGCCUUUCACCGGGAGCACCGCGCCAGCCGCGUGUCGAGCGCGGCGCACCGCAUCAACGCCAUCCGCAUGAACAGCGAGGACUGGGAGGGCAACCCCGACUACUACAAGUGCGAGCUGCUGCAGGCGCUGGGCCUGCUGCCGACGACGAGCACCCUCACCACCUGGCUCUUCCGGCACCUGCUCGUCAACCCGGCCCUGCGGCGCCAGGUCGUGGCCGAGGUGCGCCGGUUGGGACGCCAUGACGUCGACGGCCGGCCCGACAUGUCGGACGUGCGGACGACGUGCCCUCACCUCGUGGCGGCUUGGUACGAGACGCUGCGCCUCAGCAUGACCAUUGUCCCACGCGUGGCGACCGAGGACUUUGCGCUGCCGGCGGCGGCGUCAGCACCAGCACCGCCAGCGACAGUGCCGUCGGCGGCCGCGGCCAAGGACUCGGGGGCGGCACUAGCAGCAUCUCCGUCGGCAUCAGCAUCAGCAGCAUCAGCUGACGUGACGGUACGCAAAAACGACGUGCUCCUCCUACCAAUGCUGUCCUUCAACCUCGACGCGCAGGCGUGGGGGCCCGACGCCGACACGUUCCGGGCGGAGCGCUUCAUCGACGGCGCGACGGGCUCGCUGCGCACCCCGCUGACGCAAAAGGUGCGCGGGUUCGGUGUCGCGGGAAACCUGUGCCCAGGCAAGAAGAUUGGCUUCGACACGGCCAUGGCGCUGGCGGCGACGCUGCUGCGCGACUUCGACAUCGAGGAGGGCGCCGACGGGCCGUUUCGCCCGCCGACGCGGCUGCGGCGCACAAACGUCGGCUUCGACCGGCUGGGCGACGAUGUGCGCGUGCGGCUGGUGCGGUCCGGGUGAUGAUGGGGAGGGGGGGACGAGAGAUGGGAUGGUUGGAUUGGCAAUUUUUUAAUUUUUUUUUGCAUGGUGUUGAUUGGGAAAUUUGGGCCUGUGCUUUUUCAGAUUGUACGAGUGCGAGCGAGUGUGGCCAAGGUACCGGCUUUCAUUGUACGAUUUACCCGCCAGGAGCAGCAGAAAGCAGGAUACCCGCAUUAGGCGUGC